GAUGUGUUGUGCCAAUAUUACGAAUAUCAUUUGUUGGCUGCUGGUGGUAACGUUGGGGCUGUUAGCCUUCGAACAGGUGGGAGCACACAGUCCCGGUCCAGGGCCGGGGCCAGGACCGGGCGUGGUAAUCAUGCCCAGGCGCCGUUCCUCCAGCGACGGGACAAUGCAGUCGCGGGCGGUCGAGACGCGCGUACAAUUCAAUGUGUUUGAGAAUGAGCCGAAGGGCACGGUUGUGGGAUAUAUUCCUACUAAGCCUGGUUUUACGUACCGCUUCAAUGAACCACCGCGAGAAUUCGUUUUGGAUGCAAAUACUGGUGAGAUCAAAACAAACGCCAUACUGGAUCGAGAAGCCUUACGGGCCGAUCGGUACGAUUUGGUGAUACUUUCCAGCCAACCGACAUACCCGAUCGAAGUACGCAUCACGGUACUGGACGUGAAUGACAAUGCGCCGGAGUUUCCGGAGCCCACGAUUGCCAUUUCAUUUUCUGAGAGCGCUAUCACAGGUACCAGAUUACUGCUGGACGCCGCUACCGACAGGGACGCGGGAGAGAACGGCGUGACGGACGAUUAUCGAAUUGUGGAUGGCAAUCACGACGAAAAGUUCCGGCUUGCCGUUACAACCAGUCCAAAUGGUGACGUCUACUAUCUACAUCUGGAGACAACCGGCAAGCUGGACCGCGAAAGUCGCGGAUUCUACGCACUAAACAUUUCGGCGCGGGAUGGUGGUGAACCGGCACGGUACGGUUACCUUCGCGUCAAUGUAACAAUCCUAGACGUAAAUGACAAUCCGCCCAUUUUCGAUCACAGCGACUACAUCGUGUCGCUAAAUGAGAGCGUUCUACCAGGCACGCCCGUUUUGCAAGUGAUGGCUUCCGACAGUGAUUUAGGUGACAAUAGCAAAAUAACCUAUUAUUUGGCCGAUGCCGAAACGCAGUUUACCGUUGAUCCGGAAACGGGUGUGAUUGCGACGACUGAGCAACUCACCUGCCCGCAUCAAAACUGUCACGAAGGGGGCCGAAGCUGUCCCAAGAGCUGCGUGUUUACAGUGUUUGCACGUGACCACGGUACGCCACGCCAGGAUGGCCGUACAUACGUAACAGUGAAUCUUGUGGACACGAAUGAUCAUGAUCCCGUGAUACGGUUUCAGUACUUCCCACCGACUGGCCGGUUUGCUACGGUAGACGAAAACGCUGCCAACGGUUCGGUAGUAGCGGCCGUCUCGGUAGUGGACGCAGAUGAAGGACUGAACGGUGACACUAGUCUGCGCAUCGUGGCCGGUAAUGAUCUGCAACACUUUCGUUUGGAAAAGUCUCCUAGCUUCUAUAUCGUGCGCGUAAAUGGUGUGCUUGAUAGGGAGGAAAUAGGCAAAUAUAACCUUACCGUGGUCGCUAUCGAUCGUGGUGUACCGCCCCGAACUGCCACCGCCCAUCUCAUCAUUCACGUCAACGAUGUCAACGAUCACGAGCCGGUGUUUGAGAAGUCGGAAUACUCGGCAGUGCUAAGUGAGCUGGCCCCACCUGGCACGUACGUGGCCAGCAUUACUGCUACGGACGAGGACACUGGUGUGAAUGCUCAAAUUUUCUACGACUUUGUCGCAGGCAAUAGAGAUCAAUGGUUCCGGAUCGAUCCUUCAUCGGGUCUUAUCACGACACGUGCGCUUCUCGAUCGCGAAGUGCUCGGCCAUGUCGAGCUGAGCAUCUCGGCACGAGACGGUGGUCCAAAUCCUAAGUGGGCACACACUCAGCUUAAAGUGACGAUCUUGGAUGAGAAUGAUGAAGCGCCUGCCUUUGCGCAGCCAUUGCUUAACGUAACGCUCAGUGAAACAUCACCGCCACGUACUGUUGUUGUUGCACUAACAGCCGUCGAUCAUGAUCAGGGCACGAAUGGCAGUGUUACAUACACGUUUCAUCCAAGUGUGGAACGUAAUUAUCCCGGCACCUUCGAGCUAGACGCAUUAUCAGGACAGAUUUCCACCCGUCGAUCACUCGAUCGUGAACAGAUCGCGACUUACACUCUGGUAGUGAUCGCACGUGAUCACGGUUCUCCACCACAAUCUUCUAGCGCUACCGUACGCAUCACAAUCGAGGAUGCCAACGACAACAGUCCAGAACUGUAUCCUCGUGCGUUUUUUGUAGCAGUGAGUGAAGAUGCUCCACCAGGCACGCUGGUUGUGCAACUGUCAGCCAUUGACCGAGAUGAGGGAGAGAAUGCUAUCGUGCAAUAUGAGCUGGUGGGUGGUCCAAUCACCGAUGCAGCUCUGUUUGCUAUUAAUGCAACAACUGGAGCACUAACACUACGCUCAACUCUUGCAAAAUCGUCCAAGCCGGUUCAUCGUGUGAUAGUGGGCUGCAAGGACAGUGGUGGACGUCGUGCCGAACAGGACGCAGUGGUGGAGGUGGUAAAGGAGUCACUCGUCGAAGAGAUUGGAUUCGAUACACCCACCGGCACCGGUUACGAGUUUCGUCUGCUGGAAGACAACGGACGCGAAAAACUUCCAAAAGCUCCACUAGAACGUGAGGUGGGGCAAGUACGUACAAGGUGGGCGACAGGCUCAUCAUCCACAGGUUCGUCCAGUUUCGUGUUUUCGAUCGUUCGCGGUGAUUCUGCCGCCAGUUUCCGUGUACAUGAGCGCACGGGAGUUAUAAGCACAACACAUCACAUUGAUCGCGAGCAGCAUUCGUUCUACCAACUCACAGUGGCAGCACGCAAUGGCCUCGCAUAUGGUGAAACCACAGUGAACAUUACAGUGGUUGACGUGAAUGACAAUGCUCCCGCUUUCUUGUUCGAUCAUGAUGAGAUACGCUUGCCUGAAAAUGCCGCCGUAGGACAGGAAGUGUAUGUGGCCAAAGCAAAAGACGAGGACAUCGGUCCCAAUAGCCAGGUGCGUUUCGGAUUGAGCAGCAAUCCGGAGAGCCUGUUCCGCGUUGCCGAAUCGAGUGGUGUGAUCUACCUUAACCGUUCCAUCAAUAUCGAACCGGGCACAGUGCUGUCCCUAGAGGUUAGUGCCACAGACGGUGGUAAUCCAUCGUUGACAACACGCACAACGGUCCAGGUGACGGUGGAGGAUGUGAACGAUCAUACGCCAGUGUUCGACCACACAUCAUACGAAACAUCAUUGCUCGAAUCUAUGCCAGUAAACUCGCGCUUUUUUGCUCUGGCCGCGUCAGAUGCAGAUGUUGGUCCGAACGGUCGAAUCUCGUACACCAUCGUGGAAGGUAAUGUGGAUGGAAAAUUUGGCAUCUUUCCCGAUGGUUAUCUGUUCGUGCGCAGUGCUUUAGAUCGCGAGGAGCGCGACUACUACGCAUUGACAGUUGCGUGUGCUGACGAAGGCCAACCAGUACCGCGUAGUUCUUCUGUACCAGUGAUUGUGCACGUCAUCGACGAAAAUGACAACGCACCACAGUUUACAAAUGGCACGUUCGUUUUUAGUGUGGCCGAGAACGAACCACCGGACACGUUCGUGGGCAAGCUGACGGCGAUUGAUCGUGAUAUCGGACGAAAUGCUGAGCUCAUCUACACGCUUUCAUCUACAUCGUCAUCUUCAUCGUUAUCAGCCUCCUCUUCAUCUAGUAAGGAUCACGAAGAAGAUUUCAGUAUCGAUUCACGAAACGGAUUCAUUCGCACGCGGCGGUCAUUCGAUCGGGAAGCACUUGGUGGCCAGAAUUUUCUGGCGCUAGAGGCAACCGUGUCGGAUAAUGGUGCCGUUCGACUUCGAGAUCGAGUUAAGAUCAAAGUUUUCGUCACAGACGUGAAUGACAAUGCUCCAGUGUUUGUGAGGGCGCCUUACCGAGUGCAAAUUUCCGAGGGUGCAUCGAUUGGCACGCAGCUCGUUCGCGUUUACACACACGAUGCAGACGAAGGACUGAACGGCGAUGUAUUUUACUAUAUUGCCGAAGGAAACAGGGCAGAGCGCUUUGCUAUCGACGAUUCUACCGGACAGAUUACGCUAGCACGUGCUCUCGAUCGCGAAACAACAGCUUCAUAUCAACUCACAGUAGUCGCUCAUGACGCAUCGAAACAGCAUCGGUUGAGUGCUUCCACUACCGUCACGAUUGAAAUUUUGGAUGAGAAUGAUGAUGCACCUGAGUUCACGCAAACGCUUAGCCAAAUUGCAAUCGUAGAGACGACACCGAUCGGUACCGAGCUUAUGCGUUUCCGUGCAACCGAUCUAGAUCUUGGCGCAAAUGCACAAAUUGCCUUCUCGAUUGCAGCUGGCAACCGACGAGACACGUUCCAUAUUGAUGCACUGUCCGGCGCUCUCUAUCUUCACAGGGGUCUCGAUUAUGAGGACACUCAAAGUUACUCGUUAAACAUUUCGGCCGCUGACGGAGGAAAUCCGCGACUUGCCACUACAAUCCUAUUUGCGGUCAACGUAAUCGAUGCUAAUGACAAUCCGCCUGCCUUCCCAAACACGGCCAUCGUGCGGCAAAUUCGCGAAGGAAUACCACUGAAUACGCCUAUCGUUACCGUAACGGCCGAAGAUCCUGAUUCAGGAUUAAAUGGAAAGGUGCGAUACGAGAUCGCUCACCAAGAUCCGCAAGAUGGUGACGGUGAGCGUCAUUUUGGCAUCAACCCAACGACAGGAGUAAUUCACACUCUGCACUUAAUCGAUCGAGAAGCCAUCGACACAUACCGAUUGACUGUGCUAGCCACUGAUCAAGCUGCCCCACCAGCCCAGCGGCUUUCCGCCGAAAAGUUGGUCACUGUAAUAGUCGAGGAUGUGAACGACAACGCGCCCGUGUUUGUAUCGAUGAAUGCUGCGAUUUUGCCAUUGCGGGACAGUGCGAUUACGGAAAUUAUGCGCAUUCACGCACAGGAUGCCGAUUCGAGUUCGAAUGGGCUCGUUACCUACGAGAUGAUCGGCGGCAACAUGGAACUGUUCCAAUUGCAUCGAACUACGGGUGUUAUAACGCUUCGCAAGCCAAUAACCAAGCCAGACACUCGCUAUCAACUGUCCGUACGGGCAACGGACGAAGCAGUACAGGCGGAACGAAAAAGUAGUGAUGCCUACAUCACCGUGCUUACGACAGGAGCAGCCGGUAGCGGUACUGGAGGACCUGUGUUUGCCAAAAAGGACCUUUCGGGCAGUGUAUCAGAGAACGAACCGAUCGGCACCAGUAUUUUGACGGUGUCGGCCUAUCUCAACUCGGUCUCGGACAUCGAGUACUACGUGACAAACGUAACCUCCGGUGCUAACGGGCGCCAGGUUAAUCGUCUUUUUGACAUCGACACCAAGCUCGGCAUUCUCUCGACUGCAGCUGAGCUUGACCGCGAAGCCGGUAUCGAGCACUACGACGUGGAAGUGUAUGCUGUUGCCGUCGGUUCCGUGCCCAGGACAACCAGCACCCGGAUUCGAGUAAACGUACUGGACAAGAACGAUAGCCCGCCAAUGUUCCAGAACCUCCCGUUGGUAUUCAGCGUGUCGGAAGAUUUGGCCGUCGGCCAGACGGUAGCGCGCAUCACCGCGACGGAUCCCGAUACGCUGGGAAAACUGGAGUACACUUUGCUAGAAGGAGACGCACCCAAGUUUGUGCUGGAGCGGGAAACCGGUUUGCUAAAGCUGCGUGAUACGCUCGACCGCGAAACGGAAGAUUCGUACCGGUUAAAAAUCAGUGUGACGGACGGUAUCCAGAGCACCGAAGCUACGAUCACUAUUCAGGUUACCGAUACCAACGACAAUCCACCGGUAUUUGCUGAACCUGCCUAUUCGUUCGACAUUCCGGAGAAUGCUUUACGCGGCUUCCACGUCGGAGUUAUCGGAGCUACCGAUCCGGAUGUCGGGACCAAUGCUGCCGUCACAUAUACCGUAAUAUCCGACUGGGCAAAUGAUGUGUUCUCGCUGAACCCUCAAACAGGAAUCUUUACUCUAACAGCACGGCUCGAUUAUGAAGAGGUUCAACACUACAUUUUGGUAGUACAAGCACAGGACAAUGGUAAUCCUAGUCUCUCUAGCACGGUGACUGUCUACUGUAACGUGGUGGAUCUGAAUGACAACGCACCUAUCUUCGAUCCGAUGAGCUAUUCCAAUGAAAUCUUCGAAAACGCGCCGAUUAAUUCGGACGUAGUCACCGUUAGCGCCACUGACAUUGAUUCUGGAUCCAAUGGACGUAUCGAAUACUCAAUAACGACCGGAGAUGAUAAUGAUGACUUUCAAAUUAUGGGUAACGGCACUAUUCGUACACGGCGAUCGCUCGACCGUGAAUCGAAAGGUUCCUAUAGCCUGGUGGUGACGGCUAGGGAUUGCGCCAACGAACCUGAGAAACGCCUCUCUUCCACUGUACAGGUUGCAAUCCUGCUGAAGGAUAUCAAUGACCUAGCGCCUGAGUUUGUCACACCGAACGAAACGAGCGUGGCAGAGAACAUCCCAAUCAACACGGUGAUCAUGGCAAUCAAGGCUAUCGAUCGAGAUGAAGGACGCAACGGUUAUGUAGAGUACCUGCUAGAUAACCAAGGUUCGGCGACGAACCCAUUCACAAUUGGGCAGGCUGACGGAUUACUACGGGUUUCCGCGCAGCUCGAUCGAGAAACCAAGUCAAAUUAUGAGCUAAAAGUCACUGCCAAGGAUCGUGGUGAUCCGCCGAAGAUGACGCAGUCACGAAUCCUUAUUAACGUGCUAGACGAGAACGACAACAGUCCCAUAUUCGACCCAAAACAGUACAGUGCAGCGAUCGCGGAAAAUGCUAGCAUAGGAGCUAGCGUGCUACAGGUAUCCGCUACCGAUAUCGACGAAGGCGCUAAUGGACGCGUACGCUUCUCGAUAGCGGCCGGCGACGAUAACCGCGACUUUACCAUUAGCGAAGAUAGCGGAGUGGUACGGGUGGCAAAAAAUCUCAACUUCGAGCGCAAAUCGCUCUACGCCAUUACGGUACGGGCCGAGGACUGCGCUGGUGACACCGAAAACAGUGAGGUGCGUUUUGACACCGCCCGAUUAUCGAUCACCAUCACCGACAUCAAUGACAAUCCGCCGACCUUCCUUGAUUCGCCAUAUCUUGCCUAUGUAAUGGAGAACGUCAUCCCACCGAACAAUGGCUACGUUAUCACGGUGCGGGCGUACGAUGCGGAUACGCCACCAUUUAAUUCCCAGGUUCGCUACUUUCUCAAGGAGGGUGACACAGACUUCUUCAAAAUCAACGCAUCGACGGGCGAAAUUUCCUUACUCCGGGCGCUAGAUCGAGAGAUGCAGGAAGAGUACAUUUUGACACUCGUGGCAAUGGAUACGGGAUCACCACCGUUAACAGGAACCGGGACAGUACGUGUCUUGGUACAGGAUAUCAAUGAUCACAAUCCAGAGUUCGAGCGGCAAUCAUACCAGGCGACGAUAGCGGAAAAUCAACCGAUAGGAACUCAAGUGCUGUGGCCAAAGGCCACCGACCGUGAUGCCGGUCUGAACGCAAAAAUUCGCUAUACACUGCUCGGUGAGAAUUUGAGUCGCUUCCGACUGGACCCCUCUAGCGGAGAAAUCACCACUGCCGUCGUACUCGACCGCGAGGAUAUGCCCAUCUAUCACUUUACGUUGAUGGCUCAGGACAGCUCCACUACGGAGCCUCGGGCGACGCUCGUCAAUCUAACCAUUAACGUGCAGGAUGUGAAUGAUAAUAGUCCAGCAUUCGGUGCGCCUACAUUCCAUGUCAAUGUGCCCGACCGUAUCAAACCAGGCCAGUUUGUGUUUGGGGCGAAGGCGAUCGAUCGAGACGAAGGUGUUAAUGCGCGGCUGCUUUACUCGAUCAUAGGGACGGACGCGUCAAAGUUUCACAUCAACGAACAUACCGGGGUGAUCGAAGCGACCACCGAGCUGUCAACACCACUGUCUGGCACAAACAAUGACCGUGUAUUUCACUUAGCGAUCGUUGCAAAGGAUCAAGGUUACGAGCCCCGUUCGGCAACCUGUGAACUUGCAAUUUCUCUGCGAUCGGCCCAUCUGUUUCCCGUAUUUUCGUACACUUCCGAAACUCAAUUCGUGCUGCCGGAAGAUAUCGCCGAUGGUAAGAUGGUGACAAAGUUAGCGGCCACAUCACCAAAGAAAGGCUCAGUAGGUACCAUACGGUACGCUAUUGCUGGAGGUAACAUAGAUGACGCACUUCGCAUUGAUGCAAAUACUGGUGAAGUUGCAGUUAAUCGCAACGGGCUAGACUACGAGCAACAUCAGCAAUAUGAAGUGUGGAUAGAGGCUGCUGACUCUGACCGCCCAAGCCUGCGGAGCGUACUGCAGCUGAUUGUUAAUGUUACCGAUGCGAAUGAUAAUACACCCGUAAUAGGUCGAUCCGUAUAUACAGCGGAGGUCCUGGAAGAGGAAUCGCCUUCCCAAUUGGUCACGAAAGUGUCCGCCAGUGACGCAGAUUCAGAGGAGAAUGGUCAGAUUACGUACCGAUUGCGCGAUGAUUUUGAAUGUUUCGAAAUCAACACGGACACCGGCGAGAUUUACACGACAACAAGACUAGAUCGUGAAGACAUUCCACAGUAUACGUUGAUUGUGGAGGCGGUCGACCAAGGCGUCCCGCAACUGACUGGUAGUGCAACAGUUUUGGUAAACGUACUCGAUAAAAAUGAUAAUCCGCCUAAGUUUACGCGACUGUUCUCUGUUAACGUAACUGAAAAUGCCGAAAUUGGACAAUUUGUCAUCAAGAUCACCUCAUCUGAUUCGGACAUCGGUAUUAACGCAAAUGCCACAUACAUCUUUACUGAGAAUCUAGGCAGUAAAUUUUCGAUAGACUCCACUACCGGUAAUGUCACCGUAGCAGGGCAUCUGGAUCGUGAACAGCAAGAUGAAUACAUUCUGAAAGUUGCCGCAGUUGACGGUGCCUGGCGUACGGAGACACCACUUACUAUCACGAUCCAGGAUCAAAAUGAUAAUGCACCUGAGUUCGAGCACAGCUACUAUAGCUUUAACUUCCGCGAAUUGCAGAAGGCGAUCACGUUCGUUGGACAGGUGAUUGCUACGGACCGUGACAAGCAGGGCCCUAACUCGGUCAUUUCGUACUCGCUACAGCAGCCGUCCGAUUUAUUCACCAUCGAUCCAGCCACUGGUGAAAUCUUUAGCAAACGUCGCAUCCACUACAAGCAUACACAGAUGGAAGCUUCACCCGAAAAUAGCUUUACAUUAACGGUUCUUGCUACUGACAACGGCAAGCCUCCGAUGUACACUGAGUGUUUGGUAAAUAUCAAUGUGGUUGACGCCAACAACAACCCACCAGUGUUUGGCCAGAGUGAAUACAUGGCGCCUGUGCCGGAGGGUGCAGAUAUUGGGCAGCGAAUUGUUCAGCUGACGGCACGAGACGAGCUGGAUUUUGGUGUGAAUGCUGAAAUAGAGUACCACAUAGUCGCAGGUAAUGGAUCGGACAAUUUCGCGAUCAAUAAGCUUGACGGAUGGAUUUUCGUUGGUCGAAGGCUGAGCGAGGUAUCGGCUAACCCUGGUACAGUCUUCAUUUUGCAAGUGCGAGCGAUCGAUCGGGGCGUACCACCACAACAAGACGAGGUUAGUGUUACCGUCGUCGUAACUGGUGCAAACAAAUUUGCACCUGUAUUCCAAAGCCCUUCCUAUCAAGUUAUUGUGCCAGAAAAUGAACCUGUUGGCUCAACGAUCCUUACGGUGAGUGCACCGGAUAAUGACGAUGGACCGAACGGAAUGGUUCGCUAUGCGAUAAUUGCAGGAAACGAGCGUAAUGAUUUUAUGGUACACAGCGUGACUGGGGCAGUCAGCAUCCGCAAUUCACUUGAUUUUGAUCUAAUACAAGUGUACCAGCUGAACAUUACAGCCGAGGAUCUUGGUUAUAAACCAAAACGCUCAAUUGCUAUGAUCACAAUCACGCUCACCGACAUUAACGAUAAUGCGCCUUAUUUCAAUCAAACCCAGUACGAUGCAUACGUGGCUGAAAACUCGCCACCUAGCACGGUCGUUUAUCGGGCGCAGGCACACGAUAGAGACUCGCCGAAAAAUGCCAUUAUCAAUUAUGCCAUCGUGGGAGGCUCUGGACGUGAGCUGUUUGCCAUCGAAACUGCUACCGGCAUAAUUACGUCACGAGCGACGUUCGAUUAUGAAGAACAAGAUCUAUAUACGUUAACCAUUUCGGCCUACAAUCCCGAUUCUCCAAUGCGCAACGAGACCAAGGUGAUCGUGCACGUUACGGGCGUAAACGAAUACUUUCCCAAAUUCAUCCAACCGGUAUUCCAUUUCGACGUAUCCGAAUCGGCUGAGGUGGGGUCCAGUGUGGGUAUCAUAGAAGCAACUGACAAGGAUGCCGGUGAGGAUGGUAAAGUGUACUACUUGCUAGUGGGUUCAAGUAACGACAAGGGCUUCAGCAUACACUCCAGCACGGGCGUGCUUGUGGUAUCACGCAAUCUCGACCGUGAGACACAAUCUCGCGUAGUGCUAACGGUUCUAGCAAAGAAUUAUGGCGGCAUCCGAGGGAACGACACUGACGAAGCGCAGAUCAUUAUCUCCAUCCAGGAUGGCAACGAUCCACCAGAGUUUCAGCACGAACUCUACGAGGCUAGUGUUUCCGAAGGUGAUCCCAUCGGAACAAAACUGAUCGUGGUGAAGGCCGUAGACAAGGACGUUAGGCCGCAGAACAAUCAGUUCAGCUUCUCGAUCAUUGGUGGCAACAACGACCAUUCGUUCAAGAUCGAUCCUCAGACGGGUCAGAUUGAAACGGCGCGCAAGCUAGAUCGAGAAACUGUUCCACUCCACAAAUUGCUUCUAGGUGCGAUCGAUACAGGCACACCUCCCCAAACGGGUACCACGGUUGUGCGAAUCACUGUAACUGAUAUCAAUGAUAAUGGGCCUACGUUUGAUCCGAAAGACACUUUUGGUUCAGUGCUGGAAAACGAACCUCCAAACACCGUUGUUAUGACGUUAGCCGCAAGUGAUCCCGACCUCCCACCAAACGGUGCUCCCUUUACGUAUCAAUUGGUCGGAGGGCGCCAUAAGUCCCUAUUUACGCUUGAACGUCACUCCGGAGUGCUGAAGACGGUACGCAGUCUUGAUCGGGAACAAACACCACAGCUAGAACUGCUCGUCGAGGUGGAAGAUAAUGGGAAACCGCGCAAGCGAACGCAACACACGAUCACCGUGAAUGUGCUGGACCAAAACGAUAGCCCAUCGACACCACGAACCGCACACGUUUUGGUGUAUAUUUUUGACAGUGGCCCGAUGCAUGGAGACAUCGCCAGCGUGCACCCAAACGAUCCCGAUGUUACUGGUGACUACCGUUGUAAACUCCUGACCGAUGUCAAUAAACAACCCGUGACCGCAUUCACAAUUCCGAACGGUUGUCAGCUGCGGCUUACCAAUCCUAACCGCAUCCCUUCGAGCGGUCAUACGUUCCUAGUAUCUGGAAAUGACGGCAAGCAUCCGGACGUAACAUCUACUGUUUCGGUAGAGUUUUUGCACUUUGAUAACGCAACUAUUGAUCAAUCGAUCACGGUCCGUCUGGAGAAUAUAAACAGUGCAGACUUCCUUGCUAACUACUAUCGCAACUUCAUCGACAUCGUCAAAGCGUCUCUUGAGCCAGCCGAUGAUCUGAUUUUGUUCAGCCUGCUGAAUUCCGGUAAAGCACUACAUAUCACCCUAGCAGUACGGAAUACGUCGCUCAAAGGAUACCGGUCGAAGCAGCACGUGAUCGAUCGGAUUUCGCGCAAGCUUGAAGCAAUUGGACAGUUGCUCCCCAAUGUCCUCACCACGAUCGGUUAUGAUCCCUGCCGUUCCAAAGACACAUGUGCCAACGGUGGUGUAUGCAGUGCACGCGUUCAAGUAUACCCAGAAGAAGACAAUCUAAUCACCGAUAGCCAGUCACUUGUAUUUGCUUCACCACCGGUGCGGCACGAUUUUGCUUGUGCUUGUCCUGAUGGUUACACCGGCACUCGCUGCGAUAAACGACAGGAUCCAUGCUCGCCCAACCCAUGCCAUGCUGGAGGUCAGUGUCGUCGACAGGGAUACGACUUUCAGUGUACCUGUCCUGCUAACCGAGAGGGAAAAUUCUGUCAGCUGGAGCGAGGAGACAUUUGCUCGAGUGGUCCGUGUAAAAAUGGUGGUUCUUGUCGCGAAAGUUCGGACGGUUCAUCCUUUUUCUGUCUCUGUCGUCCGGGAUACCGGGGCAAUCAAUGUGAGACAGUGGCAGACUCAUGUCGCCCAAAUCCAUGUCUACACGGUGGUCUGUGCGUUAGCCUUAAGCCGGGCUACAAAUGUAGCUGUGUUGAAGGCCGUUACGGGCGACAUUGUGAGAAAACUACGUUUGGGUUCCGUGAAUUAUCUUACAUGGCCUUCCCGGCGCUUGAUUCAGCCACUAACGAUAUUUCAGUAGUAUUUGCCACCACUAAACCGGACGCAUUGUUAAUCUACAACUAUGGUAUUCAGAGCGGUGGCAGGUCCGAUUUUGUUGCGAUGGAAAUUGUGAACGGACGGGCAGUAUUUUCAUACGGCGGUGCUCGAACUGCCAUCACUUCCCUUGUGGUGGGUCAGAGUACAUUGACUGCAAAUGGACGGAAUGGGUCUAUUUCGAAUGGAGAAUGGCACAAAAUUACGGCCACACGCAAUGGGCGCGUUAUGUCCCUGAGUGUUUCGAAGUGCACAGACAACGGCGACUAUUGCGACGAUUGUCGUCCGGGCGAUUCCAGCUGUUACGCUGACGAUACAGGUCCUACAGGAACACUGAAUUUCAACAAGCACUAUCUGCUUGUGGGAGGACUUAUGGCUGCGGAUCCGGUGCUCGAACGCCCCGGUCAGGUACAUUCGGAUGACCUGGUAGGAUGUGUGCACAGCGUCUCAAUCAACGGACGGGCACUUAAUCUGACCAACCCGAUAAAAUCUUUCGGUAUUGAAGCGACAUGUCAACGCAGUACCGGUAGUAACGGCCCAUGUGGCCUCGGUUUACCCGAAGACCCGGCUCAACCUCUCUGUGGUCCGUACGGUCAAUGCAUGGACCGUUGGCAUACAGCUAUGUGCCGCUGUGGUGGAUUAAUUCUGUCCCCGGACUGUUACAGCUCACUGGAUGCAUAUUCACUGCAAGAUGGUGCAUUCAUCGAGUUCGAAAUAACGGAAAAACACAAGCGUAUGCAGCUGUUGGAGAACAUUUACAGUGGUAAAAGCUGGAUCUGGAGCUACGAUGUAACACGAAGUAAGCGCCAUGACGGUCAUGUCGCUCCCACACUGACGAUCGCUGAAGAUCCACCCAAGUAUAUGAGCAUUAUGUUCAAAACAAACAAGCCGAACGGAGUGUUGAUCUAUGCCGCAACUAGUAGCAAACACUAUACCGCUAUCGAACUACGACAUGGCCGACUUUCAUACACGUCGCAUCAAACAUCCUUCGUGAACGUGUCUGCAUCCGCCGGUGGCGGGCAAGAGGGCACUUCUCUAGCUGAUGGCAACUGGCACAAUGUAACGCUGCAUUCGCACAACCGGAUACUGCAAGUUUUGGUUGACGGGCGCAUUGUAGUACCAGAGUUGGAUGCGACCGGCGUACACGACUUUCUUGAUCCAUACCUUACUGUACUAGCAAUAGGCAACGUGCGGCGGGAGUACUUUAGCGCUGGCGAUACCGAACCAAUGCCAGCCUACUUCCAAGGAUGCCUAGCUAAUUUCACGAUCAACGGUGAGGUACAACCGUUCAACGGAUCUGGCAGUAUAUUCCGCAGUGUCGUACAUCGUGGUAACGUAGCGCAGGGCUGUGUCUGGAGCGUGCUCGGUACGGCACAGGUUACCAACCCACUAAACAUUGGCAUCACGCUAGUGAUCGUAUUUUUCGUGAUGCUUUUGGUCGGCAUCUUCAUAUCCUUCCUGGUGGUUCGUUGCCGUCGGCAGCAUAAGGAAAAGAGUGGCGCAUUGGGCCACUCGUCUACUGCACUACACUCUAAGCAAAAUGGAACUGGUGGGUCGACACUGUUGGCCGGAUCAGGGCUUGUCUCGUCAGGCGGAUUGCAUAACGACGGUAGCGGGCGAGGUUUGCAUACAAAUGAUCUUUCUGUGGUAGGAUACCACUCCGAAGGAAGUGAUAUGUUGCGUGGUGUCAGCGGUCAUCAUCUCGUCGGUCCCGAACUUAUCUCGAAGAAAUAUAAAGAGCGCGAUCUUGGCAGUUCGGAACCACAAAGACCUCAACGACCUGAUAUAAUCGAGCGGGAAGUAGUGAGUAAAAGUCCACCAUUACCUCCUCCUAGCCAGGCCCACCAUCCGUCAGCACCUCACGACCACACCAAUAACCCAUCCUCCAUGGAUCUUGGUUCAGAAUAUCCGGAACACUACGACCUUGAGAACGCCAGUUCCAUUGCACCAUCCGAUAUAGAUAUAGUGUAUCACUACAAGGGGUAUCGGGAGGCCGGUGGUGUACGAAAGUAUAAGGCCACUCCACCUCCCGUUGCUACAGCCUACACGCACCACAAGCAUCAGACGUCAGGAGCAACGACUCAACAGCAGCAUCGUCAUUCGCCACAUCACGCAGCUGCCGGAGGACCUUACGCACCCCGGGUUUUGCCACCGCCUCAAGCUAGUCAACCACCGCCAUCGAAUGGAGCAGCACAUACGCGCCAACACCAGUCAACACCACUGGCGAGGCUCUCGCCGAGUUCAGAGCUCAGUUCGCAGCAGCCACGAAUUUUGACGCUGCAUGACAUCUCCGGCAAGCCACUGCAAAGUGCGUUAUUGGCCACGACAUCAAGCUCAGGUGGCGUGGGAAAAGAUGCCUUGCACAGCAAUAGUGAGCGAAGUCUCAACAGCCCCGUCAUGAGUCAACUUUCGGGACAGAGUUCGAGCGCGCGUAGUCGAAGUAAGAAUCCGAACGGUGUGCCUUCACAACCACCGAACGUAGUGUCUGUCAGUUCCGUCGUGGUUCCUGUGGGUCAUGGGGGUAUGGGCCUCACCGCUGAAGAGAUUGAACGAUUGAAUGCGCGUCCUCGUACAUCCAGUCUCGUCUCGACGCUGGAUGCUGUUUCCAGUAGCAGUGAGGCGCCGGCACGUGUACCAGCACCACACCUUUCACACAUGCAUCACUCGCCAGCAGACAUUGAUGCACAUAGUUCUACCUCAACGGACGAGAGUGGUAACGACAGCUUCACUUGCUCUGAGAUCGAGUACGACAACAACAGCCUGAACGGUGACACGGGUCCCCCCAACAACGUGGUCGUUGGCGGCAAAUACGGUAAGGGCCGGGAUGAUCCGGGAAGACGAAACGAUGUUGUUGGAGGAGGUGGCGGAGGGCCUGGAGGAGUGAGCGGUGGCGUCGGUGUUGGUGGUAACGGAAGCGGUGGAGGUGGCAAGAGUGCACCGCAUCUACCACCAGCCUCGUCCUACGAUGGUUUCGAUUCGUCGUUCCGAGGGUCACUCAGCACGCUUGUUGCCUCGGACGACGAUCUUUCCAGUCACAUGGUUGGAAUCUACCGCCAACCGAAUGGAGGUGCUGCUUCACCAUCAGCUACCGGCUGGGACUAUCUGCUGAAUUGGGGUCCAAAUUUUGAAAGUCUCAUGGGUGUGUUCAAAGACAUUGCCGAACUGCCAAGCGACGUAACGGUCAAUGGCAGAGUGCCAAACUCGCUGCGUAUUCCUACCAGCGUUCAGUCAAAACCCUCCGAGGAAUACGUUUAA